GAUCUAACUUUUCUUAAUUAUUUCUACUUACCUUUCAUCAUUAAUAUUAAAUAGAAAAUAGAUUUAAUCAAAUGUUUUUAAUAAACAAAUAUUGUAAAUUAUGCACACGUGGAUUGAAAUAAAUAUUUUGUUAUACGUUGCUAUAGAAACACUAUGAAAAGAAAAUUUAAUUUGGUUGAAAAUAUCGAUUCCAGUGGACAAGGCAAUAAAUUUGAGGGUUGUUCCUCGGAGACUGACAAAAAAUACAAAAUGUUUAAAAAUACUAUUUGGUAUAAUUUAUUACUGAAUGCAGAGAAAACUUGUUUAAAGGAUGAACAAAUUAAAAAGAUUCAUUACAAAUUUGAUGAUGGGAAGGAAAUGGUUGAAGAAUACAAUGUUGACACAAAAGUUUUGCUUAGGAGAACUUGGAAAAUGAAGGGAAAACUGGGAGGAGAGGGUAAAUGGUCUGUAGAAUUAGGUGACCCUAUUCCUGAAACAACAACAAAUGCUGACUCUAUUGCUAUUAUUGAAAGUAAAGAUCAACCGGUUUUGCUAAAACGGAAUACAAGGGUUAAUAUAGAGUGGAGGAUAAGAAAUCUACCUUAUCCCAUAGAAACAUAUUCUAUAAAAGCUCAAAAUGAUGAUAAGUCCAUUGUUAUUAGUACUUCCAAUAAGAAGUACUACAAAAAACUGGAUGUGCCUGAAUUAGUGAGAUUAGGUUUGCCAAUAGAGCAAAUGAAUAUUGAUGCUACUCACAAAUACAAUACACUUAUCAUUACAUAUAAGAAGCCACAGGAAUUGUUGAAUAUGGAUAAAGAGUGGUUUGAAGAGUUGAACAAAAUCAAACCUAUUAAAGAUAUACCAAAUGAGUGUAAAACACAAUAGAUUUAAACAUAAGAAUUUAAUGAAGUUUACAUACAUAAGUUAAAUAAAAAGUUCAGUUUUAUAAUAGAUUUAUUAUUUUAGUUUUCUUAUAACAAUAUUGAGUCUCUUAAUCACUAUCGUCCAUCACUAAAGCUUUAGCUUGUUCCUUUAAUGCUUCUUCACUUUCUUCUUUGUCUAAUAAUCCUCUAGAUUUCAGAUACUCUCCAUAUUGUUUAGGUAUACCCAUAAAUGUUUUUAUCUUAGAACGUAUCUGUUUCCAAGUUUCUUGAUAAUAAUUCUUUUUGUCUCUUGCCAUUGCUUUGUAAUCAUGCCCAUAUUUAUCCAAUAGAUAUGUUAUAUAUUCAACUUGCCCUUUGGGCAGC